CGAGUGGAAACUGCUAGUUCAACCUAGUGCACCGAGCGGAACGCGUCAUGACGAUUCAUGCGUUCGUAAGCGGUCCACCAGGAAGCGGCAAGACGUCUCUAUGCAAGAAAGUGUGUGGGUUGCUUCAGCUCGAACACCUUUCGACAGGCGACCUCCUCCGCGAGCACAUCAGGCUUCGGACUGAGUUGGGUAAAGUGGCAAAGAAAUGCAUCGCCGCCAAGACACUCGUCCCGGACGACGUCGUGAUCGACAUGAUCGUGGAUCGCAUCGCCAAGGUCACCGGCUCCGCGGGGUGGAUCCUCGAUGGGUUUCCUCGUACUGUCGAGCAGGCCAAGGCAUUGCAGAAGAAGGGCGUGUCUCCUAACGUCGUCCUAGUGCUAGAGCUUCCAUCGUCGGAAGUCCGUGGCCGCCUCGUUGGCCGCCGCUUUGACCCCAAGACAGGCGAGAUUUACCACUCCGAAUUCAACAUGCCUCGGGAUCCCGAAACCGCUGCCCGGCUCAUUCGACGAGAUGACGAUGUCCCCGACAAGAUUCCCGCCCGCGUCGACGCUUAUGCAUGUUACGGGCACGACACGAACCGAGAGUUCCUCGGUCUAGCCUUCCCCAUCGAUGCGGAUGCAUCCCUGGGUGACGUUGUCGGGGAGGCCGUGCAGAUUCUGCGAAGCCAGCACAAGAACAAGCCACAGGCGACGUCGAACCAAACAUCCAACGAGGCGGGGACCACAACUGGCGCGGGCAGUUUCCAGCGAUCACCUCCGUUGGAGCCAUCCUCGAAAACGCUCGAGCCCGAAGAGACCGAAUUCAGCCCGCCCAAGUCGACGACAUUCCUUCGCCGCGCUGGUGGCGGCUCUGCAACCACGACCCCGUCGUCCAUCAAGAUCGAUCAUGAAAUUCAACGUAUUGUUCUCAACAACUCGCACGAGAACAGAGUCGCGACCCCUGCAGCCCCCACCGCCCUGGACUUGGCAAAGCAGGUCGACUCGGAGCGCUUCAAGACGAUGCUGAUUUCUGGCUUUGAUGUCAUCAAGCACGGUCGCCGCGGCGCUCCCCACACGCGCACGCUCUUCUGCGACGUCGAGUUCAAGCGCCUGUUCUGGCAAAAGCCCGACAAAAAGGAACUCAAGGCCAAGCUAGACCAAAGCAUUGCGAUUGCGGACGUGAUCCAAGUUGUCCAAGGCAUGAAAACGGACGUGUUCAAGAGGUCGGGCGACACGGCCAAGACGAAUCGAUACCUGUCGCUGAUCGCUGACGACCGCACGUUGGAUAUCGAAGUCGCGUCGGAAGAACUUUGCGUGCUGCUCCUGAAUGGCCUCAAUGCCAUGUUGGUGUCGAGUUAAUUCGACACAUCCCACUCGAUUGCAUGAUGACACUGAGAUCCGACUGGUUGGCGCUCGUGUUGAGUUGAGAACGGCCUGCACUACAGCCCACGUGCAGCCUGCCACGUCGUAUCCAUGAAGAGGGGCCCUUUCCAUCUUGUUCAAGUCGCGUUCACAUUGUUCCAGCUAUUGUUGAAUCCAAUUCUUUCCAUUCUCAUCAA